AUGGAUUACGCUGUAUUGAGCGACCGGCAGCGGUCGGAGCUCAACAAAGCUGUGAUUCAGUACUUAGAUGGUAUUAUUAAUGAUUCGGCAGUUGUCAGCGAGCUUCGCUCAAGACUGGGCGUUUCGGCACAUAAGGAUUCAGAUACGAUACCUAAUAAUUACCUGGAGAAGAAAUGGGCCACCGUUGUUCGACUCCAGAAGCGAAUAUACGAUAUGGAGAAGGAGAUCAGCGAGUACAAGGAGCUGGUAGAUAACUACUCAGAAUUAUUGGAGGCAGCAGGCGGCAUGGAUAUUAGAAGAGACAAGUUGGAGUGGAUACCUAGCAGGGUGAAAGCGGUGUUGAAAUUGCACAAGGGAUCCGUUACUUGUGUCUCAAUACACCCUUUUGAGCCGGUGGUGGCUACUGGCUCUCAAGAUGGUACAAUUGCGUUCUGGAACCUGCUCGAUCUGACUGAACCUGAGCGUGUGAUCAGGAAUGCUCAUACACGGACUAUCAAUGCAUUGGAGUUUCAAAGCAGAGAAAAUACGGUCGAUUCAACCAAAAUGGUCCUUCUUGCAUCCUGCUCGUCAGACCUUCUCAUCAAGUUAUGGGACAGCAAGACAGGCCAACUAGUACGGGUGCUCACAGGCCAUGACCACUUGGUUUCUGGCCUGAAGUUUAAUCCGGCAGAUGAAAUGCAGCUGGUCAGCUGCUCGAGAGACCAGUCGGUUAAAAUCUGGGACGUCGUUUCUGGGUGGUGUUUGCGAACCAUAAAGGGGCAUUCUGACUGGGUUAGGAAGGUUGAUGUAAGUCCAAAUGGGGAGUAUAUUUUGAGUUGUUCGAACGACCAAUCUGUGAGACUUGCUCAUCUUGCUACUGGGGCGGGCAUUUCCCUAUGUUUGGGGAGUGAGCAAGUCAUUGAGGACUCGAUUUUUUUACCAGCAGAAACUAACAAGUAUAUCGAUCCGUUAGUGGAUAUCAAUGAUGAGACAUACGACAUCUUGGGAUACAAAUAUUGUGUUAGUGGAGGACGAGAUUGUAUGUUACGGAUCUGGAAGCUCAGAGUUCCAGAUCUGACGAAUCCGGAACGACCUUGUCCGUCUUCUAACCCCAAGGCUGUGCUUCUUCACGAGUUCAAAGCACACAGCUCUUGGAUACGAUCUUUUUCCAUGCAUCCUAACGGUUACUAUCUUGCAUCAUGUGGGGACGACAAACUCAUCAAAAUAUGGGAUUUCCGUACAUUGGCAUCCAGCGGGCAACUGGGCCAUGUCGCGCAACUUCGCGGCCACGAGAAUUUUGUGAAUGUCAUCGCAUUUGCCCCUCCAGUGGUAUCCGAGACGUCAAAAACAAACGACAAAAUCAAGAACAGAAAGCUACUCGAAAGUGGCAUCCGCUGCUACCUUGUGAGCGGGUCAGCAGACAACACAGCAAGAGUAUGGAUAUGA